AUGAAUCCCUCCCCGGUUGCCUUUUUUUUGCGUUUGUCUUUUCUAUUUCUGCAUAUCACCCCGGUCCUAGGGGCUCAAAAGAUCCGACGUGCCCAACCUGAACCAGAUGCUCCUCGCAUCGUGAAUAAACCACUCCUCGCAAUUCAGAUUGGGAGUAUCGUUGGCGCCUACGUGAUCUUCGUUGCUGUCCUCCUAGCUCUGCUUCUGUUCGUCGGACGUCGUCUACGUCGGACAGUCCAGUCCUCCAACUAUACACUGCAUAUGGAGAUGCUAAAGCCUGUCAGACCGCCUGUCAGCAUGGAUCCCAGCCCAAUCUCGCCUAUGUCGCACAACCUCCCCAGUCCUAAAUCCAGUGGGUUCAAGUCCUGGGGCUCAUUGCACAGAAGUACCAGACCUUCUCAGCCUUCUGUCAACGGCAGCAUGUUGACCGUCGAUGAGUCUAUCGUCGCCACCGACCGGCAGCGUGCCCAAGAUGAGAUGGAGAUGCUGUAUGCUGCUGUCAUGGAGCACGAUGCCAAAAAGGCCUCAGCCCCUGAUGUGUCCGGGAAGGAACCCGAGUACUAUGCCCAGUCCCCGGACAGCCAGCUCACCAAUCCAUUCACGGAUCGUGGCUCCCAUGGCUCUGACAACUCACUGGCACCGUUGAAAUCCCCAACAAAGGGAUUCAACAGCUCCCGCCUGUCAAAGCUAUUCAACUCGGGCUCCCGUGCGAAUCCAGAUCCGAGCAAGGUGCGCUCCCCGCGUCUGGCCCUCCGCAAAAUGGCCAUCUCAUCCCCAAUGGCUUCGCCAGCGGCUGCUACUCCUCAAGCCCAUGAGUUUGAUAACCCACCACUCUCACCGCGGAUAUAUAAUCCCGGUCCUCCGCCAGUGGUGCCAAGACAGCAGCAGCCGGCAAGCCAACAACCAAUGAUGCAACAGUCCAUGCUCAGUCCAAUCAAGCCAGCCCCUGGUCGUGCUCGUGCACCGGCACCUCUAGCCCUAGCCACUGCAUCGCCGUCAUCAUCUCUUCCCUUCCGUGAGGCCUACCCACCACAAAGUGCCCCAGCAACCAAGACCACCAUUCUGGAACGACCCGUCAAACCCCGGACGGGCCCGGUUACCGGCAUGGCGACACCAUACAGCCCAUACAUGCCCUUCACACCUGUAACCCCCUUCACACCAGGGCGUACAGUGACAAAGCGCCAGCGCAAGCGCGAAGAGCGUAGCAAUGGUCUGCAAGUAUUAAACGAAGACGAUUUGGUCAAAGGCGACGAUGAUAUCUGGGGAUGA